CCCAGAGAGGGGAGAUGUGGCUGGGGCUCUGGCUAGCGGUGUUAGGGUUUGCUGCCGCAGCUCCAGUUAGAGAUCGGCCCCCGAUUGAGGAUGAGCCGCCUAAGAGCCUCAGCCCCCCGAUCACCGUCCCCGCCGGGCAGAAGCCCCCCUUUUCAGGCCACGAUCCUCAACGCUCGGUAGACCAGGCGCUUGACCAACAGAUUAUGUUUCUUGGAGAACCCAACUGGUUUGAUUACGCAGACACGGAUCAGGCUAAGAUCCUAGUGGUCUACCACCUCAUUGGAGAGAAACCCGUCUUCUUUUCGUCAAAAACCUACAGUUCCAAGUUCUUGGGCCAGGUCCUCUUUGGGUCAUUUAUCCUCCUCCUCCUCCUCAUCAUCUUCCAGUUGUGCUACCACAUGUACUGCAAGAAGGGACCCCGAGGAGCUGGACGGCCCGUGCCUUGAUGUAGACCUCUCUGGUUUGGGAAGCACAAUCUGCUCGAAUCUUUAGUCCUGAAUAAAAGAGUCCCUCUUCC